CGCCUUUUAAAUGAUACAGGCGAACAGCUAAUAGUGCCGUUUAUGUCUUCCCCUCUUCGGCUCUCUCUCGCCUGCAGUCUCUCUUGAUUCUGGUUUUACCAUAUCUCCGACGAACUGAAACAGAUUGUUGAAUAUUUUUGCUGAAAAAAAUGCACCCUCCUCUGACGUUACACAGGCAUCCAAUGUGUGCCAAAAUCAUCGAGGAGUUCCAAAAGUGUCAUUUGGACCAUCCCAUAGCCAAAUUCUUCGGUGAAUGUACAGAAUUAAAGAUAAAGCUCGAUCGCUGUUUCCGACAGGAAAAAGCUCUGAAGAGGAAGGCCAACUUUGAGCAGAGUAAGAAACUGAGAGAAAGACUUCAGGCAUUAAGGAAGGAAACUGCUGAAAACAAUUCCUGAAAGUGAAUUACGAUGCUUUGGUGAGGCCACAAGCAUUGCUGCAACAAAAAUUUUACUUCAGUUAUUUUGUUUAAUUGUUUUCAACAUGUAUUUUAUGUGAUGAAUAAUCAACAAGAUUAUUGUUCCUUCUUGAUUGAUGUGAAUGUCCCAAGCAAUUGGCUUGGUUUAACAGUGACUGAAUCAAUUUGCUUGAAAUAGCUUUAUAUAGAAUAAAUAUAAAUCACAACCAAGCACACUGCUGGCUACAUACAUCAUACAAAUAUGAAACUUCCAUUAGUUCAAGCUUUUUUGUCUAGUUCUUGUUAUCAGAUUUAUUUUUGCUUCUGAUGCUUCAAGUCCUUGAUAAAAGUCUUAUCUUCUUCU